GUCCUCAAUAUAUAUUUAUUUACUUAUAGCUUUUAUAUUAAUUAUAAAGAAUAAUAAAAAGUUAGGUCUUUGAAGUAAAGAAAAAUAAGAAUAAAUUAAUUCCUAAUGUCUUACUCAGGUUAUAGUUUAAAUGGUGGUGUCCACCCUUGUUUACCUUUCUAUGAAAGAAUGUUAUAAUGUGCAAAGAGCGAAGCUCUUCCAAUUAAAAUGUGUACCGCAUAAACUGAAGAUUAUCUUGAAUGUCAUCACAGAAAGAAAUAAUAUGCUUUGAAUUAUGCAAUCAAAAAAGAAUUAAACAAUAUUAGAAUUGUUGCUUUGCCUAGAUACGAUGAAGAAAACGAUACCUUCGUUCCUUUCUCACAAGCAACUGCUGACCAUAUCUUUUAGUGA